AUGGUAAUGAACCCUUUGUACUUGAAUGCUCUGAAACCAUCACAAACCGCAAAAACGACAUCGACAAGAUCAUUCAACGCCAUAAUCAACCGCCUCUCGUCCCAAGCAUCUCACCAUGAAGUUCUCAUCACCUUCUCUUCCAUGCUCCAAUCCAACACCCCUCCGGACACUCAUACCUUCCCUAGUUUGUUCAAGGCUUGCGCUUCUCUCCACCUGUUUCCGCUCGGCAUUUCCCUCCAUCAAUGCGUCGUUGUUAAUGGGUUUUCCUCAGAUCCUUACGUCGCUUCUUCUUUGGUUAGCUUUUAUGCGAAGUUCGGGUGCGUCGGGAAUGCUCGAAAAGUGUUCGAUGAUAUGCCUGAGAGGAACAUUGUUCCUUGGACUUCCAUUAUUGGAUGCUAUUCGUGUACAGGCGAUGUUGAUCAAGCGGUAUUGUUGUUUAGUGAAAUGAGGCACCAAGGAUUUCAGCCUAGUCCUGUUACAUUGUUAAGCUUGCUCCCGGGCGUUUCGGAGCUUGCCCAUGUGAGGUGUUUGCAUGGUUGUGCUGUUUCAUAUGGUUUUGAGGGCAAUGUUAGUUUGAUGAAUUCCAUAUUAAGUGUGUACAGUAAAUGUGGAGGCAUUGAGGACGCAAGGAGCUUGUUCGAAUUCAUGACUGGGAAAGACAUCGUUUCAUGGAAUUCUUUGAUGUCGGGCUAUGCCCAGUGUGGGAACUUCACAGAAGUAUUUCAGCUUUUCUAUAGAAUGAGAGAUGAAGGUAUAAGGCCUGAUAAACAGACUUUUGGUUCGGUUGUAUCUGCGAGUGCGACACAGAGUAACUUUAAAUUGGGAAAAUCAGUGCACGGGCAAAUUUUAAGAGCUGGGAUUAAAUUGGAUAGUCAUAUUGAAACCUCACUUGUAACUAUGUAUAUGAAACGUAGAAGUAUUGAUGCUGCUUUUAAGAUAUUUGAGCGGAUGAAAUACAAGGAUGUGGUUUUGUGGACGGCAAUGAUCUCGGGACUUGUACAAAAUGACUGUUCAGACAGGGCACUGAUAGUUUUCUGUCAGAUGAUAAAAUCAAGAAUGCAGCCAUCUACUGCUACCGUGGCCAGUGCGCUUGCAGCUUGCGCAAAACAGGGUUCUUUUAAUGUAGGAACAUCUAUUCAUUGUUAUGUUUUAAGGCAAGGAAUAGCUCUAGAUACCCCUGCCCAAAACUCUCUCAUUACCAUGUACGCAAAGUGUGGGCAUUUGAAUCAAGCUCGUACGAUUUUUGCAAGGAUGGGGAAAAGAGAUUUGGUUUCUUGGAAUGCUAUGGUUGCUGGAUAUGCUCAAAAUGGGCAUUUAAGUGAGGGCCUCUCCUUCCUUUCUGAGAUGAGAGAAACUCUUCAGAAACCGGAUUCAUUAACCGUUGUGUCUCUCCUCCAAGCUUGUGCUUCUAUAGGAGCCCUCCAUCAGGGAAAAUGGAUUCACAGCUUUGUUAUCAGGAGUUGUCUUAGACCCUGCAUCUUGGUGGACACAGCACUGGUUGACAUGUACUCAAAGUGCGGUGACUUGGAAAUGGCUCAAAAGUGUUUUAAUGAAAUGUUGGAGCAUGACCGGGUCUCGUGGGGCACAAUGAUCUCUGGAUAUGGCUGUCAUGGCAAAGGAGAGACUGCUUUGAGACUGUAUACAGAGUUUCUGCGUGCUGGGAUUGAACCAGAUCAAGUGAUUUUCCUCACAGUUCUUGCAGUUUGUAGUCAUAAUGGGCUUGUCAACCAAGGUUUAAGCAUAUACCAGUCCAUGACCAAAGAUUUUGGUAUAGCACCAAACCUUGAACACCGUGCUUGCGUUGUUGAUCUCCUCAGUCGGGCUAGGAGGGUAGAGGAGGCAUAUGAAUUCUACAAGAAGACGUUUCCAGAACCUGUAGUGGAUGUGCUAGAUGCUGGAAACUAUGUGCAAUUGGCACACAGCUUUGCGGCAAUGGACAGAUGGGAUGGUGUUAAUGAGGCAUGGACCCAAAUGAGGUCUCUCGGCUUGACAAAACUUCCUGGAUGGAGCUAUGUUGAAUUACAUGGUACAAUUGAGACAUUUUUCACAAGUCACAAUUCACACCCUCGACUUGAGGAGAUAGUGUUGACGUUGAAAACUUUAAGGACUGAAAUGAGGAAACUGGGCCAUAAUUCUGACCAGCCAGAUGCGUGAAUGUUCUGAAGAACCCUCUACGGCUUACAUCAAAUGGAUUGCAAAAUGGCCCAAAAAUUAUGUUGAUAAAAGGCCUAAAGCUUUUUGCAGAAACUGUCAAUACAGUAGUAAAAAUACCAUUUUUUGUGUUAUGGGAUGUUCGAAAAGAGAGUUAAAAAAAAAGUGUUGUGGGGAUUUUGCUAUCUUUCAAAUCCUAAUAAGAAAAUCCAGUUAUGAAAAUUCGAAGAGUUGAGGCUCCUCUUCGAUGACUGCCAAGUUCAGGCCAAUGAAAGUCUACAUUUAUCACAUCAAAGAAGGUAGUUUAACUGACAUUCUCAAAGACUCAUUGAAUAUACUAUAUAGUGGCAGCGGUUAAGGAUUUACAAUCAGACUGUUGGAAGCAAAAACCGAAACUGCUAUCAACCUCUAAUAUUGAUUACAUAGUAGUUGGAGGAGUAUGUUAUAGUGCCACUAGUUGGAGGAGUGUGUUAAGGAUUUACAAUCAGCCGAACCCUGUUAUAGUGCCAUUGGAGGAGUUCUCUCCGUUAUUAGGUAAGGGGUGCGUUUGUAUUGUCGAGUCAUGUGAGUAG